UUUCCUGUCUUGUCUUCAGUAUUUAGACUGCCUUUGGGCCCAGAUUCAGAAGUUGAAAAAAGAUCGCUGGCAGGAAAGACACAUUUUGAGGCCCUAUCUUGCCUUUGACAGUAUUCUCUGUGAAGCACUGCAGCACAAUCUGCCUCCUUUUACUCCACCACCUCACACUGAAGAUUCAAUUUAUCCUAUGCCAAGAGUUAUCUUCAGAAUGUUUGACUACACAGAUGAUCCUGAGGGUCCUGUUAUGCCUGGCAGUCAUUCCGUUGAGAGGUUUGUAAUAGAAGAAAAUCUUCAUUGCAUCAUCAAAUCCCACUGGAAAGAGAGAAAAACAUGUGCUGCACAGCUACUGAGCUAUCCAGGAAAUAACAAAAUCCCUUUGAACUAUCACAUAGUUGAGGUGGUAUUUGCAGAACUGUUUCAGCUUCCAGUUCCACCACACAUUGAGGUCAUGUACACAACACUUCUGAUUGAACUGUGCAAACUUCAGCCUGGCUCUUUGCCACAAGUUCUUGCUCAAGCCACAGAAAUGCUGUACAUGCGUUUGGAUACAAUGAACACUACAUGCAUAGACAGGUUCAUGAACUGGUUUUCCCACCAUCUGAGUAACUUUCAGUUUCGUUGGAGCUGGGAAGAUUGGUCAGACUGUCUUGCUCAGGACCUUGAAAAGCCCAAACCCAAAUUUGUAAGAGAAGUCCUGGAAAAAUGCAUGAGGCUUUCAUACCAUCAGCGAAUAAUAGAUAUUGUUCCUGCUACCUUCUCUGUCCUUAGUCCUGCAAACCCAUCGUGUAUUUACAAAUAUGGAGAUGAAAGCAAUAAGUCUCUUCCAGGAUAUACGGUUGCACUCUGUUUGACCAUUGCCAUUAAAAAUAAGGCAAGUAAUGAUGAAAUCUUCGGCAUCUUAAAAGAUGUGCCCAACCCUAACCAGGAUGACGAUGACGAUGAGGGAUUCUCCUUUAACCCUUUGAAAAUAGACGUUUUUGUGCAGACUCUGCUUCAUUUAGCUGCCAAAUCCUUCAGCCACUCGUUCAGUGCUCUGGCAAAGUUUCAUGAAGUCUUCAAAACCCUUGCUGAAAGUGAUGAGGGGAAGCUCCAUGUGCUGAGGGUUAUGUAUGAGGUCUGGAAGAACCAUCCCCAGAUGAUUGCUGUGCUUGUGGAUAAGAUGAUUCGGACGCAGAUAGUUGAUUGUGCUGCCGUAGCAAACUGGAUCUUCUCUCCAGAGCUUGCUCAUGACUUCACUAGGUUUUAUAUCUGGGAGAUCUUGCACUCCACAAUUCGUAAGAUGAACAAGCACGUAGUGAAGAUCCAAAAAGAGCUAGAGGAGACUAAAGCAAGAUUAGCCAGGCAACACAAACGACGAGACAGUGAUGACGACUAUGAUGAUGACGACCGAAGCAGCGACAGGGAAGAUGGACCAUUGGAAGAGCAGAUAGAACGCUUGCAGGAGAAAGUAGAGUCUGCUCAGAGUGAACAAAAGAAUCUCUUCCUUGUUAUUUUCCAGCGUUUCAUUAUGAUAUUAACAGAGCAUUUAGUGCGGUGUGAAACUGGUGGAAUUGAUGUGAUUACGCCAUGGUACAAGAACUGUAUAGAGAGGCUGCAACAGAUCUUCUUACAGCAUCACCAGAUAAUCCAGCAGUACAUGCUGACCUUGGAAAACCUUCUGUUCACAGCUGAACUGGACCAUCACAUACUGGCUGUAUUUCAGCAAUUCUGUGCUCUGCAGGCCUGAGAAUUUUUCACACCUUGAGUCUUGUCUGCAGGACUUACACUGAUUUUGUAUUUUUAAACAAAAAGGGGAAAACUUGACAUGGGGAAGGAAGAAACUUUGAAUUCAAGAUGGCUUAACAUGUUCUGUGUAAACAAUACAGUAAUCUAACAGGCACCAGCUGUUUUAGCGUCAUAGGCCUUCAUUAUGACUGAGAGGGGACUGGCGUGGAGUAAUGUAUGAAUUCUUUUUUAAUUUGUCCUUUCAUUUUAAAUGGUUUGAAUGUUGGCUUCAUCAUAGCAUUUUGUUUGUUUUGUUUCUCUCCUCUCAUUUAUAUAAAAAAAAAUAGGGAAAAAUGUUAGAGAAUUGGUUACCUCUGCCUAAUCUUUAAACCAACCAAAUCCCCGAAUUACCAUAAUGUGAAGCAGGUCAUAGAACGUCUUGUGAAUGUGACAGACAUGCAACUCUUCAGUGAGCAGCUUGAUAAAUUCUCUUCAGUUAGGCAGAGGAAAAGUAUCUUUACUUUGGGCAUGUGAACGCUGAGUCAAGCUUACAAAGUAGUCUAGAGCAUACGAGUUUAAUACCAAACUGAAUAGAUUUUCACAUUUUGAA